AUGUGUUCAAGUGAAUCUGAUCAUUCCUUUGAAAUGGAAAAUACUCAAAAUGCAUUAGAACAAAUUGAGCAUGUAUCUCCUAACAAUACAUCUUCUGAUGAGGAUGUUUAUGUGGAAGAUAUUUAUGUGGAGGAUAUUGACCCAAAUCCAAUCAAACUAAGUGAUUUAUUUGAAGAUAUAAGAUCACAUUUUGAUGAGAAAACAAUUGCUAAAAUGAAAAGCAAAAAUAUAGAUCCUUUAAGAAUGUUAAAUAGAAAACAAAAGAUAAGGCUUAAAAACAUUAAAGAACAAACAAAAAAUAUUAAUAAACUUAUAGAUAAUAAUAAACAAAUGAAUGUUGUAUAUAGAAGUUUUGAAAAACAAAUCAGAAAAUUAGGUAGGACUUUAAUUGCAUUUAUUAAAAGAUUGAUUGAAAUUGAAGAUAAUUAUUGUGAAACAAAUGUAAUGAUUAAAUUAACAGAAAAGUUAAAUGAAAUUCGUCUUUUAUUUAUGGAAAGUGAUGCUAAUUUUUUUAUUAUUCAAGAAAGAUUUGAAUCGAUUUUUGUAUAUUUUAAAAUGUUAAGACCAGUCAUUGAUGCAUCAAUCAAACAUCAAGCUUCAAUGAUAAGUGAAUUAGAAAAGGAAAGAAGAGAAAGAAAUAUAUUAGAAAGGUGUGAAGAAAUUAAAAAUUUGACUAUUUCUGAUCAAGAUAAUUUGAAAGAUGCUACGUUAGAAGAAAAGGUAGGAUCAUUAAGAGAAGAUAGAAAAAUUUUGGUUUUCACAGCAUGUAUGUUGAAUUUUUUAUCAGAAAAACAAGUUGAAGAAGCCAUUGAAAAACAUUUAGAAGAGUAUUCCAUCGAUGGUCCAGAGUGA